ACGAGGAUGAUGAGGACGACGAGCGCUCGGCCGCGGUGCUGGAGCGGCGGCUGCGGGAGCUGCAGGAGGAGCUGCGGCGCCGCGGGACGGCCCUGGCGGCGCUGCGGGAGCAGGCGGGGACCGAUCCCGGUGCUGAUCCCGAGGUGGUGCCGGGGCUGCCGGCGCGGCUGGAGGAGCUGGAGCGGCGGCACCGGGAGCUGGAGGCGCGGGUGGAAGGACGGCGCCGGGAGCUGCGGGACCUGCUGGCGCUGCUGGCGGCGCGGGGGGAGGCCGACGCCUGCGGCCUCUGGGUGGGAGAGAGGGAGCAGUGGCUGCUCUCCAUGGAGAUCCCCGAGCGCAUCGAGGACCUGGAGGUGGUGCAGCAGCGGUUCGAGACGCUGGAGCCGGAGUUGGCGGCCUUGGGCGCCCGAGUCGCCGCCGUCGGUCGCGCGGCCGAGGAGCUCCAGGGAUCCGGGGAACGGACCCGGGAGAGGGCCCGGGACACCUGGGAACAGCUCCGGGACAGGUGGGAGCGUUUCCGCGCCCUGACCGAGCAGAAGAAGGCGGCUCUGACCUCGGCCCUGGACAUCCAGAACUUCCGCCUGGAGUGCGACGAGACGCGGGGCUGGAUGCGGGAGAAGGCGGCGGCCAUCGAGGCCGCGGGGCGGGCGCCGGGCCGGGACCCGGCGGGGCUGGCGGCUCUGCAGCGGCGGCUCUCGGGGCUGGGCCGCGACCUGGAGGCCAUCGAGGGCAAGCAGCGGGAGCUGCGGGCGCAGGGCGAGCGCCUGGCGCGGGAGCAGCCGGAGCGGGGCCCCGAGGCGCGGGAGCGGCUGCGGGCGCUGGAGGCCGAGUGGGCCGCGCUCGGCCGCUGCCUGCGGGGCCGCCGGGACGCCCUGGGGCAGGCGAGGAGGCUCCAGGCCUUCCUGCGGGACCUGGCGGCGCUCCGGGCCUGGCUGGAGAGGGCGAGGGAGGCCGCGGGAUCCGAGGACGUGCCGGCGUCGCUGGAGGAGGCCGAGGGGGCCCUGAGGAGCCACGAGAGCCUCCGCACCGAGAUGGGCCAGUACGGAGCCGAUUACCGGAGCGCCCGCGCCGCCGGCCGGGAGCUGAGCCAGGGCCGGAGCGACCCCCAGAGCCUGUCCCUGCUCCAGAGGCUGGAGGCGCUGGACGGGGACUGGGAGGAGCUGGGAAGGGCCUGGGAGAGGCGGCAGCAGCUCCUGGCCCGGGCCGUGGCCGUCCACGCGUUCCUGAGGGACGCCAAGCAGGUGGAGGGGACGCUCAGGAAGCAG